GCUAAUGUGGCUAAUGAUGUUUACUGCUAAGCUAACGCUCUAACCAGCUUGUGUUUGAUUUGCUAAUAUCAGCAGGCAGCGCUGCGUACAAAAGGGUUUGAAUGUGCUUAUUUUCUCCAAUUGGAAUAACUGAAUACACUGUAAUUUUACGCUGUGCUGUUGAUAAACCCCAGGUAACCAUGCACUUCGUGGCUCUUUCUAUUCACCAGCGUUAGCCAUUCAGCAGCAGCCAUUCAGGGUCACAGGUAAACAAGCAAGCUCCACUCGGUAGGUUUGAAAGCAGAAGUCGGUGUAUAAGUCCGCCAGUUGUCGUUUGUAUUGAUAGGUGAAUCAUACAUUUGACACGUUGACAAUUUCAGUUGAUUGAAGUAGAGUCAAAUCAGGACAAAGACACCUUUUCAUAACUGCACAUCGGUGCCGUUAUCGUUUUUGGCAUAAUCGUAUCAGUGUGAAGCCUCCUCACCUAGAAAAGCUGCUGUAGACCUCAACUAACAAGAGGUUCCUGCAGAAAAUACAUGUGAAUGCUGUAAGCAGCAUUGCACGACUUCGAGGGUUGUUGGGGGGGAUGGAGCCAGUCUCCAGUGACAUUGAAUGAGAGGUGGGGGACAGGCCACCCACCUCUCAUUCUACACAACUAUUCACGCUCGCAUUCAUCUACAGGGUUUUUAGAGUCUCCAGUUAACCUGCAUGUCUCCCUACUGGGGCAGGAAGUUGGAGUACCCAGGGCAAAGUCAAACAGGGAGAGCAUGUAAUUUCCAUGGUAUAUAUAUAGGUUGAAUGAAUCACAAUAUGGUCACAUCUGGUUAACAUAGUGUUACAAGACCCUGGACACUUACCAGUGGUUUAGCGCUGACAGUCGCGUCAGUGCUGUGUUGGCAUUCUGCUGACUGAAGCUAUUUAAGGCAACUGUAUGUGUAAUAUUUGUCAGCAUCUUUCUCUGUUUCCAGGUUUCUCCUUUCAUCCCCUCAUCAUGGUGGAAUACUACCAGGUGUUAGGAGUACGGAGGGAAGCGUCUGCGGAUGACAUAAAGAAAGCGUACAGGAAGUUGGCCCUGAGGUGGCACCCUGAUAAAAACCCAGAGAACAAGGAAGACGCUGAAAAGAAGUUCAAGGAGCUGUCGGAGGCGUACGAAGUCUUGUCAGAUGUAAACAAGAGAAGCAUAUAUGAUCAAUAUGGCAAAGAGGGACUGACGGGGACUAAUGGAGGAAGAGCGGGUCACUUCCACAAUGGAGAUCAUUUCCAUGAUCAAUUCACAUUCCGCAACCCAGAAGAUGUCUUCAGGGAAUUCUUCGGUGGCAGGGACCCAUUUGCCAACUUUUUUGGUGCAGAUCCUUUCAGUGAAGAUCCUUUUUUUGGCAGCAGCCGCCAGCACCAAGGUCGGGCCAAUCGCCAUAGGACAGGUGGCUCAUUUUUUGGAGGCUUUGUUGGUUUUCCACCCUUUGGUGCUGGCUUUUCACAUUUUGACCCGGGCUUUGGUUCUUUUGGCACCAUGGGCACCAUGGGCACCAUGGGUCAUAUGGGUCACAUGGGUCACAUGGGUCACAUGUCACCAAUGGGCAGUCUGGGAGGUGGAGGCUUCACCUCUUUUUCCUCCACAUCCUUUGGGGGAGGAGGAGGUGGAGGAGGGAUGGGCAACUUCCGCUCUGUGUCCACUUCCUCCAAGAUCAUCAAUGGCAGGAAGAUCACUACUAAAAGAUGUGGCUCCAGCACUCCUUCUGGAGACGACAUUAAACACACCAUCCAAGCCUUUUGGCUGAUUGUGGUGCCUCUGUGGACUCAAUGUAUACAGAAUUGUGGAGAAUGGUCAGGAGCGGGUGGAGGUGGAGGAGGACGGGCACUUGCGGUCGUUAACCAUUAAUGGUAUGGAGCAGCCACUGCGACUAGAACACAACUAAAGACCCUAACAUCCUCUGCUGCAGAAGUGUUACCUCAGCACAAACAAACCAAUAAACUUGAGCUUCAACUGGAGGAAAAAAAGCAACAAAACAAUGUAAUGAUAGUGCUCUACUAUUGUUUGGAUGUACAUAUUUAGGUUGUGUUUAUUUACCCUCAUGUCCUCUCCCGGCUGACUCUCCUUUGUUAACAACAAUUCAGAUCAGAGGAUUUGGAUGCAGACAUUUCUAUGCAUUUUGUUAAUGCAUUUAUGAAUUGGAGCUGUCAUUAUAUUUUAGCUCAGGUUGGUGUUAUUGUUUUAGUGUUUGGGACCACAGUAUUGUUCUGUUGUACUGUAUAGUUGCUUUCAGACAUGCACUGAGCUACCCAGAACGUGCGGACAUUCUUCGGAGGGGCUGUAUUUGAGAAUGCAAAUGUCAGAACGAGAGCCUCCGGACCUGAAGUUUCUCCGGCCAGUCCCCUUGUAAAAACUCAGCAGAAUGUCCAAAGGAGCGGAUGUGAGAACACAGCAGAAGAACGCUGCAUCAUUCACUACAAGUAAGUGGGUAUGUUGAUCACACGACAGAAGCAGAAAUAAGAAAGAAAAAUCUGUUGAUGAAAAAGUGGUGCCAUACACGUAGACGUCUCCGUCUAAGAUGUCAAGAGAAUUUUUGGUGAUGAGGGCCGGUGUUGAUGUGCUGUAAACACAUACACAAGAUCUCUGGAGCGGAAUAACUCUGUUAUAUCCUGCCUCUGGCUGCUGCACACCCCUCACCUGAACAGAUUUGUGUGUUGUUGUGAACACGUCUGAGCCAAGAAUCUUAGCUGCGUUGUCUAUGUGUGAAAGGCUACUUCCGAAGAAAGUCUGGACCCAAUUCUACGGACAUCCUCCAGAGUUCAUGUCUGAAAAUGGCUUAUAUGAACAGCCGCUCCCCCCUUCCAGUACUUUGUGUAUGCACUCCACUGGCGUCUGUCUAUUUGCCAACAGCACAAAUGCUGUGUUCAGAAACACAACUUGUUUUUUUCAUCUUAAUGUAUAAAAAAGUUGAAUUUGGUUUUCCACAGUGGACUAGUAAUUAAUUAAAGCAUCUCCCCUGUCUGUGUUUACUGCUUGUCUAACCCUUUUCUUAGUACUAAUUAUUUUUUAAUUAAAAUACAUGAUGGUAGGAUGAGUUAUGCAAUUUUAUAUGUUAUAAUACCAUUGUGGUUUUUUGUUUAUUUAAUUAUGCAUGUACACCUGUUGAUGUUGAGUCUUAAUGUUAAAGCUGCAUUAUGAUGCACAAAUAAUGGGAAGCAUUCUAUAAAUGAUAUAUGAAUACAGAAGGAAUUUUGUGUACUUUGUAAAUCAAUAAAUCUCAAUUUCAGCCUGUUUCAGGACACUGA